AUGAAUACGCGGAAGAAGAUACCUCUUUGUGAAGAGCGAGAGGGCCAACAGUGCACUCCAAUCAGGAAUGAGAAUGGGAUUGUGUCGUGUAAAUAUUGUGGGAUAGUCUUAAAUGAAGAAGUUUUAGAGAAUGUGCCAGUGAAUACAAAAGACGACAUGAAAAAGAGUAAAAACAUUACUAGCGAAGAACAACUCAUGGAAUAUUUCACUAAGUUAAAUAUAGUGACUAAAAAAGCGGGACAUGGCCUGGAGAUCUUUCACUCUUUAGAACACACUAAACUCCCUAAAGUGAAAGGGAAGAAGAUGGACCGACUUCUUCUCGGUAUUGUCUACCACAUUUGCAAGAUCGACAACAUUGGCUUGACCAUUAAAGAGAUAUCGAAAAACUUGAAUUGUACUGAGCAAGAAAUCAUCAAUGGGUAUAAACUGCUUGAGAAGAUCUCUCCUGAGACGAAAAAUAUAUCAGUAAGUGAUCCGGUCGAAGGGCUCAUUCCAAAGUAUUGUAUAGCCGUCGGAUGUGCAGAUUUGAUUGGCCAAGCCAUUUCUAUAUCAAAGCAAGUCCAACGGAUCCUCGAAGGCAAAAAACCCGUCACUGUCGCGGCGGUCAUCAUUUUGUUUGUCUGUCGGUACAACAACAAAUACGAUUUCUCUAUGGAAAAGUUGAUCACGUCAACAUGCAGCGUCACUGUUGCAAACGCGCGUCAGGUGUUGAUCUCGCUGAACAAACAUAAGGAGAUGCUUGAGAAGACGUUGUCCGAGCGAGCGAAGUCUGCCUUUACACUUCACACACAAAAGUGA